AUGAAGGCAUACAAUGAGGGAUAUAAAAUCUGCUACAACUGUAGCUUUUUAAAUCAGAUGGGAGAGAAGGAAGUAUCCAGUUUAGCUAAGCAGGUUUUUUUGGGCUACCACUACAUGAUCAAGGAGCAGUUACCUGUGCAAUUUCAUUUUACCAGCUUGACGAGCACCGACGAAUUCUACACGCAGCUCACAGAGAAGUAUGCGCUGGGGAAGUGGCGUGUCCACAUUCACUCGGAGGACUACUGGGAUUUGUUCCCGCGGGAGAAGAUUGUCGUGCUAUCCCCCGACGCGGAGGAGGUGAGCGGUGGAGCGGUUAAGCCGUCGUCUUCACUGCACUGUGUGUGCUACACGGGACCGACCACAACCGAACGAAAAGAAAAGAAAAGAAACAAAACAAAACAAAACAAAACAAACCAAACCAAACCAAACCAACCAAACCAAACCAAACCAAACCAAACCAAACCAAACCAAACCAAACCAAACCAAACCAAUCCAAUCCAAUCCAAACCAUACCAAACUGAACCAAUCCAAACCUCCUCCCCCCCU